GCAACAUUCUGAGAGGGUUCCGACAUCGUCUUUUUUUUUCGCGGUUGGCGACUUUCAUCAUGUCGCAGGUCCGGGGGAAGGAUCCGGUAGACUCGCUCACGACCGCCCGACAAGGUCAUAACACGAAGACGUUUGACACGCCGUUCAAGGUCGACCCGACAGUCGACGGCAAGCGGGACGACCCGGUGUGGCAUUUCGUGGUCAGAGGGCGUUAUUUGGAUGGGUCGAUGGCGGCGGGCAGGAAGAGCGGUCGUCGAUGCUUGUGCAGGUUGUGCGGGCGUUCGAUUUGUGGGGGCGCUAAAGCCGCCAAGGAGCACUUCUCGAAGAGCGAGAAGUUCCGAUGUGAGGCAGCCACUCCUACUGUGUGGAAUGCGAUCUGGUUGAAGGACAUGACAAAAUGUCCAAAGGAGUUCGCAUCGGCCAUAGAAACGUUGCAGAGCCACUUGCCAGGUCAUCCGAGCUUGCAGUGGCCACCUCUUCGAUUCCCCGAGGAUGCAGUGUCGCCGCUUGUUCCUCCCACCGCCCCUUCUGGAGCCGUCGCAUCGCCCAAUUCGGGGGCUCCGGCCAUUCGAGUCACGGUACCGCGUCCUGCAACAACAGUUGCAACACGACCGGCAGCCCCGUCGUCUGCGCCGCUGGCUGGGACACGAGGUGCUCGCGAUAUGGGAGUUGGUCGUUCCACGUCAGCCAACGAGCCCCCGCCUCUGAGGGAUGGUAUGGGCUCUGCGGCAUUUGACGAGGAAAGCACACGUGCAUUUAUUGAGAGUCGCAGGUGGGGGGGGAGUGUCGGCAGUUCAGCGCCCGCGCUCGCCCCUGUUUUCAGGAGUGAUAGGCAGUCAGAUGCCGCAUGGGGUGGUACUGCGGUGGCACCUGGCGCAUCACCCCGCAGUUCGUCGGAGCACCCCUGGCUGCCACCGCCACCGUCGAGAGCGGCGCAACGUCCAAUGGUCCACCACGCUMACGGAACCGCYCACCCGGAUCCGUCACACRCACCUGCAGAUGCUCGACAUUCUGCUUCCGUGCCUCGUUUCGGGGAACAGGUGGAUCAUGGGGUGCCUGCCGAGGAGGUCCCCGCUCCGGUGUCCGAUUCAUCACCGACCCCUGUUCCGACAACCACGGGCGGUGGUCGGUCUGCCCCACAGCCUCCACCCAUGUUGACCGGAACGUUAGACCCUUUGCAGCCCAUUCGUGACCUUGCAGUCGCCCAGAGCGCGACACCUGUGAGCCCUGGCGGGUUGUUGGAUGUUGGGGUCCUCGGCGGGAGAGCUACGACGGGACGAUAUGGUGGAGGCGGUGAGGGGGGGGGUGAUGGUGGACGGAGCGGGUGCCGUGGCGAUAGGGUUGACGAGCGUGUGGACGGCGAUUUUAUGCCUCGUGGUCGCUACGUUUUGAAGCGGUUGAGACACGGGGGUAGGCAGGAUGACAGUAUUGCGUCUCGUGUACGCAGACGUCGUGUCCACAUUGCGAUCGACACGGGGGCACGUGAUAUGCGGCAGGACCCGGUUGCCGUGUCAGAGGACGAGAUGGGAGAUCCUUCCAACGAGACGCAGCGCGACCCGGUUCAUGCAGAGGAGCUAGCCUCGAACACUGAUAUGAUAGUGACGGAGGAGGAUACAAGGUUCAGGAUCACUCAUCCCCGGUCGCCAGCGCCGGUUGUUGGCACAGAGGAGGAGACGGAGUUCGGAGGACCCGGUCCACUCCGCCAGGCGCAGACUCGGUGCACUCCAGCAGGCGCCCCAGUCCACUCCACAGGAGCGGGUUUGGAGGACGGCGAGGCACGACGUGAGCCGCCUCCUCACACGAGUGACGACGGUCUAGAGGAGGGAGAGGUUGCACCCACUCCCACUUGUGGAAAGGACGGGGAGGACGAACAUCCUCCGACGGACCACCACGUUGGCCUCGACUGCCCGCCCGACAGUCUUUCGCCCACCGACGAGCUAUUCACCAUGGAUUCCGCCUUGGCAUCUCUGCCUGAUAUAUCGCUACUGAUAUCUCCCACUUUGCCGGUUGUGGCACCACCGGAGCCUGCUAGACGAGAUGACGCGCGUCGUGACAGAGGGUUCGACGAGUUCGGCGGCGACACGAUACUGCAUCCUCCAGAGUCCGACACUCCCGCCAUUUUUCAUGUCGGUGCACCGUGGGCGGUGGAGCAGGGGUUGGCGGAGGAGGUAGCACGGAACCGUCGUGGUGGACCGCAUGUUGCAGCUCAACGUAGUCUGGAAGGUUCACUAGAGGCAGCGUCUGGAGAUUUUUUGGCGCAGGGGGGUCAUGGUUCGCAGCUGUUAUCGGACGGCGUGUCAUCAGUCCAUCCACCAGAGGAGGGCCCGCAGCAAGAGCCACAUCGAGGGYCAGCGGAGACUUUAGAGGCGAGGCCUCCCGGAGUUAUCCGCUCGGACGGAGGCGAGGGCGUGAGCGAGGAUAUAGCGCAGCCAGGGAGCGCAGAUGGUGGACGGUCCUUCAGGGGGGGCAUCGAGCGCAGAGGGUCAUCAACCGCACACCCCAGCAUUGUCAGGCCCAGCACACAUGACGUUGGGGACGGGCACACAGAUGAGCCUCGACCGCAUUUGACGGGGGUGCGUGACAUUAUGUGUCCACCACCCUCACGCCCCUCUGCCGCUGAUCCUGCCGCCCACGGGCAGGCCGCGCUGAGCGCAUUGCCCACGAGGUCUUUCUACGAUGGUGCGGGCAUGGACCGGAGGGCGGGCGAUAUCGGACAAACAUCAACAUAUGGACCGGCAGAUGUGCCCGCGGGGGCGCGAUCGAUCGGCAACGUCGAUGGCACUUAUCAUGAUUCCAUGAGAGCUUACGAGGAGCAGCAUGGGAGGCCUAUACGGGCCAAGACGAGCGAUGUCAACGACACCAGGACGGCAACUGCGAGGCUGUCACGGGCGAGGAAGAAGGGAACAGGUGUGUCGAUUCCGUAUCACCGGCGCCGCCUGCAUCCUUUUUUCCGCAACAGGGACGAGACCAGACAGAUGCCAGCUGCCGCAGAUGGACAGGGGGGGGCGGAGGGAGGUGACAGAGUGGACGAAGCAGGUCGAGGUGAGAAGAGACGAGGCGGCACGAUCAUCCUCCACGACGACAGCUCCACAGCCGCUGAGGGCGGUAAGACCACAGGCGUCGACGAUCCUGAUGACUCCGAUUACGUCCCGAGGAUCCGUACGGCUGACGAAGAUGACGGCGGAGGUCGUCGCGUGAGGAUGAGGACUGGACCUGGCCCGGAUGGUCAUUGCACCCCAGCGGCACAUUUGCCGCCUAUUGAUCGACGGGCACAAGCUCGUUCUCUGUUGCGCAGACUGGGGAGCAAAGACAGGCACGAGGGACAUCACUGCCACAUCAGCAGCCGGCGGGGGAAUCCCUGAGACACGACGGAGAGAGAGAGAGAGAGAGAGAGAGAGAGAGAGAGAGAGAGAGACAGAGAGAGAGAGACAGAGAGAGAGAGACUCUGUGUGUUCA